UGUUGUGAAUUUAUUUUAUAUUGACAAAAACAUUUUUAGAGGGAGAAAGAGAAAGAGAGAGUGAGAUGGAGAAGGCAGGUAAAAUGUUUGAGAAAGCAAAGCCAUAUUUGGGAGCUAUUGCAUUAAGAUUUGCAUCAGCAGGAAUGUCUAUUAUUUGUAAGGCUGCUUUAAACCAAGGAAUGAACCAACUUGUUACUAUUGUUUAUCGUUACUCCAUCGGUGCCAUUGUUGUUGCUCCUUUUGCUUUUGUCUUGGAUAGAAAAAUAAGACCAAAGAUGACUCUCCCCAUCUUCGCCAAGAUUCUUCUCCUCGGCUUACUCGAGCCAGUAAUAGCUCAGAGCUUAAUUUACUCUGGUACUAAAUACACAACAGCAACUUUUGCAACAGCAAUGUGCAAUAUUCUUCCUGCCUUUGCAUUUCUAAUGGCUUGGAUUUGUAGAAUGGAGAAGGUGAAUAUUAGAAGCUUAAGAAGCCAAGCAAAGAUUUUAGGGACUUUAGUUACAGUUGGAGGAGCAAUGAUGAUGACUCUUAUAAAAGGACCUUUAUUGAGUUUGCCUUGGACCAAACUAAAUAAUUCCAAUCCUCAUUCUUAUUCCACUCUUCCAAAUAAGCAACAACCUGUUAAGGCUGCCAUUGUUAUCACCAUUUCAAGUAUUUGCUCCUCAGCCUUCACCAUUCUUCUGGCACAUACAAUAAGAACAUACCCAGCUGAGCUUACACUGACAACAUUCAUAUGCUUGGCUGGAGCUGUUGAAAGUACUAUUUUAGCCUUAGCAUUUGAAUGGGACAAUCCAUCUGCAUGGCCUUUACAUGCAGAUUCCAUACUCUUAGCUGCCCUCUAUGGUGGUAUAAUAUCCUCUGGAAUUGCCUAUUAUCUCCAAGGAGUGGUGGUAAAGUUAAAAGGACCUGUAUUUGUAACUGCAUUCAAUCCUCUUAGCAUGGUCAUAGUUGCUGUAAUCAGUUCAUUCAUAUUUGCCGAGACACUACAUUUAGGAAGGGUUAUUGGAGCAGCUGUGAUAAUUAUAGGCCUUUACUUGGUUUUGUGGGGAAAGAGCAAAGAUAAAGUUCAAUUCAAAGUGGAGAAUAAUAGUAAUGAAGAAUUGCCAACUUCACUCCAAAACUCAACAACCACAAACCAGCACCUGAAGCCUUUAGAUCAACAAUAAUUAAGCAACUGAGAAUGGUGUAUCUUCCAAAAGGAGAAACAAUUGUGAAAUUAUAUAUUGGAACUUUUUAUUUGUAAUUGUACAACAAGAUGAACAAGACCACAUAUGGUUCCAUAAAA